CUUCGCAGACGACUCUCUACGACAAAAAGGAAAGCUAAAAUAUGCAUUAAGAGAAUGGCUAUCACACAGGAAAAAGAUCACCUUUUGUAACAAUCUCCUUUUAUACCCUUUCGCCUGUUUUUUUUAUUAUUCUUGCAACUCUCAAUCCGAAGAGGUGAGCAAGGACGUUUACGGUUACAGAAUAUCGUUGCAUUUUGUUUCCUCCCUCUCCUUCAUGUCACGUCCACUCCCUACCUCUUCUCGCACAGGUUUCACCAAUUACCCGCCUUCUGUGGCCGUACUCGUCCAUCCUGACACGACAGAGAAAUAUACAGUCUUCCCUACACUUCCGAACUACUCCCACCCUUAAAGAUCACGGUCGCAGGUUCACCCUGUCUCGUUUCUCGUUUACUCUAUUCCUUUCUCUUUCUGAAUCUAACGCUCUAAUAUAACGUUCUCUUUCUAUGCAACAUUCUAUCCUCGUCCAUCAUUUCACCGAGUACGUAUUCCAAGUGUAUAUCUUUUCUCUCACACUACCCUUUACGUCUUCCAUUCUAUGUAUCUUCGUCUAACGCGCGUUAGGCUUGCCUUAUCCCCCAAAGAGGCACGUUUGGUGCGACUCGCGCAUCUAGGGUUGCGAUUCGAGAGGGUAGAAAAGUCUGAGAAUAGUAGGGGAAAACAGGAGAUAGUGGGGAGACUGGAAGUAAAGUGGUGGGGGAUGUUUGACUACAGAGAGCGCGACUCGAUUGUUACUUAGUAUUGGGUUAGGUCAGCCCAGAGUAACGUCGUUGGUUAUCGUCGUUCCUAGUAGUCGGACGGCGACAUUUGUUGUUUAUAGUAGAGUAGUAUCACGUUUUUACAUAUCUUGUUUUCUCUUCUGUUCUUGUUUUCCUCCUUUUUUUUGUUCUUCAUUUCUUUUAGGACGUUUAGUUCCGCGGGACACGCGCCAGUUUUACCGAGAACGUCCACAGAGACGACAGUCAUCAAGAGAAAUAUAUCAUCAUAUAUGAUAUAAAUUCAAUGAAUAAAAUUUCGGUGAUCUCGCGUCGCUUCUCCGCGUUUAACUGCCUUGGCCCCGAGACGAAAAGAAGAAUUGGUUUUGAAGAAAUAUUGGAAACAGGAACAACAUCUAGAAACGAUCCAUUCGUUUCAUUCGACCACGCUCUUUGUUUGUGCAGUGUCGCUGUUUGUUAGGUUAUACGUAUAAGCGUUCGUCUAUACAUCUCGUUCUCUGCUAUCGUCGGAAGUGUCGCGUAUUGUGUACAGAAGUGGAUGGAGUGGCAUAGUGAAAACACGUAACACGGAUCAUAGAAUGGCACUGUCUUAUCUUCAAGAGGCGCAGAUUAAUGCAACCGGACAGCACCUCGACAUGAAGCAAGAAACGGAGAAGCAACCAUUGUCGUCACCGCUAAACAACACGUCGCAAGUGAUGUUCCCUGGAAUGGGUAACACAUCGCCAGGUUUAUCUAUGCUCACACCUCAGCAAUUGCUGGCUGCAAGUAGAACAGCAGCUCUGAUGGCUGCAGGGAUUCCCGUGUCGUUGCACGCGACAUUAGCCUCCAGCCCGUCUCUGUACAGACACCACCAGACUUUAUUCAGUGGUUGGGCUCCACCCACUGCAUCCUCGCCUCCGUCACCGCUUCACCACUCACCAGGAUCUGUAUCACCCGCGUUGAGCAGUAAAUCUACGUCCAAACGCGCCAACAAUGGCGUCACAAAUAACAAUAACAAUAUUAACAGCGUAGUAAGUAGUAGUGGUGAUAAAAUCACGAAGAAAGGUCAGGCGACCAAGAGGAAAUCGCAAAAGUUGAAAGUGGAUACUGUACAGCAACCGUUAGAGGGCUCAGCGCCUUUAAGUCCACCAAGCUCAAUCAGUCCCGAAGCGGGCAAAGACGGAAGGGACAAGGUGUUUACCUGUGGAGUGUGCUCCAGAUCGUUUGGCUAUAAGCACGUGCUGCAGAACCACGAACGCACCCACACCGGUGAGAAGCCUUUCGAGUGUCCGGAAUGUCACAAAAGAUUCACACGGGACCAUCAUUUAAAGACCCACAUGCGACUUCAUACGGGCGAGAAGCCUUACCACUGCAGCCACUGUGAUCGCCAAUUCGUCCAAGUAGCCAACCUGCGUCGCCACUUGCGCGUGCACACUGGUGAACGUCCAUACGCGUGCGAGUUAUGUUCAGCCAAGUUCAGUGACUCGAAUCAACUGAAGGCUCAUCUGCUGAUCCAUAAGGGCGAGAAACCGUUCGAGUGCGAGCACUGUCAGAUGCGAUUCAGACGAAGGCAUCACCUGAUACAUCACAAGUGUGGCACCAGUAUUAACUCUGGACAAGUAACGAGGACACAGGUUACCUCUCCUUCCUUGGCAAGCGACGAUUUAGAUGAGGAUAUCGACAUUGAUAUCGACGUAGAAGUAGAGGAAGCCGAGGCAUCAUCAUUGGUCAGCAAAAAAACAAGUGCUUCAGUUAGACCAGUGCAUCAGUUCAGUAAUCAAUUAGCAAGUCCUGUCAUCGGCAAUUCAAUGCCCAUACCAUUGAAUUUAGCCGGUAUUCCUAUGGAUCUACCAGAGCAAACGGAACCAGAAGACUUAUCUAUGUCAACCGGUAUGCAUUCUCAGUGCAGACCACACUCUCAGUCAAAUAGUAUCAGUGACUCACCAUUAAGUCGUAGCCCAAGCAGUGACACCAUUCACGGAGAAGGCGAAGAUGACAUUGAUAUGAUGUCAGAAACGUCCACCUCAAAUGCUGUUUUCCUUCAAAAUCACCACAACAAAUACACGCACUUCGCAUCCCUUGGAAACACUGCCGCGGCUAAUGUCGGCCACGCGUCCUAGUGGAGUCUUUAGGGGUACGUAGACACAAUACUUGUAGAAAAGCCACCCUGUACUUUAUCUCGGUUCGACGCUUCUACCCAAGGAAAAACGCUACUCCAAGGUUUUUAGGGUGGGCAAAGGAAAAGAUAUAAGGGGAGAAAGAAAUAGAAAGAGAUCGUCAGAAGGGAGAAAAAUGGAGUUUCUAGUUUAUAUUGGAUAGCAAGGCGAAUCGAGUCCCGACAGGCUCACGAAUCGAAUUGAAUCCUCACACUGAAUCCUCCACGCACCGGUUCACAGUCACUAUUGUUAAGAUGCUUUUUAUAGAUAUAUAUAUUAUAUUAUUAUAGAUGAUUAUUAAUUAUUACUGUACCUAAACGAGAUAAGGGGGGGGGGGUCGAAAGAUAGAUGUCGAAAAGCGUAUUGGCAGGUCUACGAGUAUCCUCUACGUAAAACGUGUAAUUUAUAUCGCAAAAUGGAACAAGCAUUCAGGGACGUGAAUCUUUUUGGCAAUGAGGAAAAGAAGAAAUUGGAUUGAUAUUAUAGAUACGAGAGGGAAAGCAGCCAGGAUUUUCUUUUCUGAGCUGUUGGUUUAUUUCCUUCAUGUACAUAAUUACGCGAGAACAAGGAAAUUGAAAGAUAAUUGUGUAUUUAGUUGGUCGCUGUAGUUUCGCGUGUUUCGUUUUUCAAUGAAAACCGCGAUAAUGAGUUUAGAUAGAUAUUAAUUAUUACUUAGAUAGGUAUCUAUGAAAAUAUGAGAGGCAGAAGCAAGCUAUACGUAGUUUGCAAGUACGCAUCUCCGUUCGUGUAAAUGUAAGCGUGAUUGUGUUCGACACAUAUGUACAUAUGUACACGUGUGAAUGAUUGGAGAGAGAAUCGAAAAAUAAAACUAGAAAUUACGGAAUGAAUGUACUGGUAUACAAGUUCCUCUGACAGUAAAAGUAGCGGGGGGGAGUGACAUCGGUUCGUCGGUCCUCUGUCGCUUUCGCACUUCACUGAUUUGUCAAGCUGUCGACACCACUGUUCUUUUUUUUUUUUAAUUCUUUUAUAUUUCUCAGCAUUUUUUGUAGAUUUUCAAUUUCUCGUCUUCCUUUCGUUAUUUCUUUUUUUUUUUUUCAUAAGAAAUGUAACUUUAUGCAAUGUAUAAGACGUUUUUACAAUGCGCUUUUUAAGUUAAUUUUGUCUGUAACGGUACCACACAAGUAAGUUAUUUGAAGUACAUGUACGCGUAUAACUGAGAUCAUAAUUAUUAGAACUACUCAUACCUCCCGACGAUAUCAGCAUGAUUUUUUGUUACGUAGCAUCGAGAACGAGCUCGAGAUGUCGUCUAUACUUUCUGAUUUGCACCCUCAAACGUGUUUCUCUAGCAUCAUGCCUUUUGCUAACGAGAUACUUUAUUUCAUAUUAAAGUAAAAGAAUUGUGACACAAAAGAUUGAUUUCAAUAUAUUUAAAUAUUGCACUAUCAUUGCAUUUAAAUAUUAGUUAAUAUUUAACACAAAAGUUCUAUUAGAAUUCAUGGAAUAAAAAAUCGCUAUCUUCACAAGCUUUAUAUCUACAUACACUUCUUCGAUUCCCAACUAACAAUCGAGAGAAUAGUCACAAAUUUUCGCACUAUACGACAAAUUAAAAAUCAUAGUGAUGUAAGUUGAGAUUUCGAAAAUUUAAAUUUAAUUUCUUAAAGAUUUUCUAAUUAAGUCUUUGGAUUUCUAUUCUUGAGAGUGUCAUCCGUCUAGCUUCACAAUAAAUUAAAUUAAUAUUUGCUUUCAUAAUUUAGAAAGAUACAAUGAACUUUCAGUGACAAUAAACAGCAAAAUACUAUUUUAUGGAAAUGUAGCAGAAAACACUCUACGUAUUCUUCUAUACGCGAAUACACACAUCAAAGUUCAAAAAUCAUCUAGCAAGAGCGAAGAAUCAAAAAACCCGAAUCACCCUUGAUUUACAUUCGCCUUCGCAAAAGAUUCAACCCGUAAGACGAUCUUCCGGCGUGCUUUCGAUUCGCAUUAAUCCGUACAAUGAUCGAAGCCUGCGAGUGGAUCCUUGAACGAGAAUCCUUCGUUUCACGAAGGAUACGUGUUCUCUGUUCAUUCUCGUUGUACAAUCAGGGACCAUCUUUUCUUCUCCGAUUUCCAUCUUUUUUUCUAACAGGCAGCCGGUUGCUCGAAGGAGAACGAUCUUUUGUUGCAUAGACUACGGCGGCCGCCUGUUUCGCGCGAACCAGUUUUCGCAAUGAUACACACAGCCGUGUGCCGAAAAUUCGCAGCCGGUGGUCGUCUUCGAAACGAGAUAAAGCAUCCCUCCAUCCGUCGUCGACUUUCUAGCGGAUAGCCUGUGCCAACUUCACCUCAAUGGUCCUCUGAUUUAUGUUCACCGGUCAGCAUGCAAAUUUCAUCGGCGUGGUUCGAGGCCAUUUCGGCUCAUUGUUCCAUGGGUCAGUCCUAGGACUCUUUUUGGGGACACGAGAAGUGGUCGUGGCAACGUCAUUCAACCUCCCUCUUCCGGGUCUAACUGAGCCCUAUUUGUUUCUGAAAUUGUAACGCCAAAGCCAAGCGUAAUAUAACACGAUGUACCGUUCGGUUUUUCGAUGACAUAAAAGGACAAGAGAAGUAGGUAUCCUCGUCUGCAUUUUCUGCAAGUGCCGCACGAAACACUCCCGGGGACACAAAUUGCCCUCGUUUCGCUUCCGUUCGAUUCGUACGACCAUUUCGUAAGAAGAGGAGCGAGAGAAGGUCCGGUUGGUGCGAAGAACAAUUUCUUCACUGGGUGUUCGACUCUGUUUCAUUUAGGCCUUUGUUAUAUCUCGUAAUUCAGAAUUAACUUUUCGGUGAAUAAUGUUAACAGGGAUUUUUGAAUAAAUGAAUUAUUUUGAUCUAAAAAUACCAAAGUUUUCUUUUACUUCUCCUUAUAAGAUAUAAAGUAAGAUGUAGAUUCUCUACGGAUUUAGAGAAUCGUCUUUUAAACCGAGUGCACAUUAAUACUCACCGAUACUUUUUCCUCCUUUUCCAUAAAAAGAGCUUGAAUCAUUGAAGAUAGCGUUUGAAGAUAAUAAUAUUAAAAGUGAGAUUUUGCUUGAUAAUUCUACUAGGAGAUAAACGUUACUGGUACAUAUGUUUUUGAAGAUAUGUCUUUAAUUUAAACUUUGAAUUGAAUCGAUUUUAUACCUAUAUUUUAAAAUCAUAAUUAUCAACGAGACACAGUAAUCGACGAUCAAAGCACAAAGCAAACGUAAACAGUUAACUGCAUCGAUGUAGAAGAAAUAAGUUUGGAAAUUAAUCGGUGGACUUUCUCUUUUCGAAAGUGAAAAUAUAGUUGGGGUCGUACCGGGGAAACAGAAUCCAUAGCCGUUGCGUUACACUUUCGCCACAUUCUUUCCCAAAGGUCCCGACUCAUCCGCACUUCUCACUCGUUAUUCACGUUCCAAGCUUUCGAGGAGCAUUUUCCAGCCCACUUGCCUCUUCCUCCCUCUUUGAGACCGCGCGUUUUCGCCCUUUUAUACACGUGUUAGGAAGCAUCUCUCGAGCUCUUUCCAGCUAAACGUUUUGAUUGCUCAUUACACUGCUUCUACGUACCAAAAAUUUCCUUUCCUUUGGAAAUUAUAGAAAAAACUCACGGCUUACACUACAGUGUAUAGGAGAAUGUGUAUGAAGAAAAUUGUCUUAAAUACAUAAAUAUUUCAAAAUUUCUCACACUUUUGAAAAGCGUAAGUGAGUGUUAGAUACAUGUAUCCAAACAAUGAAAUUUAGGAAUUUCCAAAGAGGUCUAGUUGAUUAGUAUCGCUCUACAAUCUAUUAAUUCUGAAUUAUUCAUUAAUUUUCAGAAUUAAUUUUAUUCUAUCAUCCUGUAUUUGUUUAUAUAUCGUUUCGAACGAAAUAGAAUGUUCCAUUUAUUUUGAAUAAAAGAUAUCUUUCUUCUCCGUUUGUUCGUCCAUUAGUUUGUCUUUAAAUAGAUGUCAAUUGAUUUCAACAUCGACAGCUAUUCGAGUAACAGCGACAGAGGUCAAUAAGCUCCGGCCUCGUACCCCGGAGAAAAGCAAAAACCACCCCGAAUCCCAGGUGUAUUGUAUAUUUAGAGAGCCCCACCCUCAAAUUAAAGCGAUAUACAAGAUAAAAGGAUAUUAUAAAUUGCGGUUUUUCUUGUAAUAUACGAGCGUACCGUUAAUCCUUCGAUUCGCUUUUCGACUUUUACCUGAGAAUUUACCUGCACACCCAUUUAUAUAUAACAAUUAAACUGCGAAUUUUUAUAACGUACAAGGAUAUAAGUAUUGUUUAGAAUAUUUAGAAUUUACAAUGAUUUUCUCCUACUUAGUUUUCAUUUUUAUAGCUCUCUUCAUAAAAAUAUAAAUUCGCAUGAAAGUUCGCAGCUUAGUAAUAAUAAUCUAUGGAUCAAGGACCAAUGUCGUUGUCAUUGAAAAUCAACGUGAGCUUUUAACUUAAACUAAUUACUGAAUCGUAUAGCAGUUCGAAAGGCGAAUAUAAAAGAAGAAUAUCGUUGCAUAUAAAGAUUUAUGCUUGCAACAGUGACUUGUGAUGAUAAUAGUUAGAAAGAUAGUUUGUAUUAUAACUUGUUUUUGUUAAUGUGUUUUCUGAUGUGAGGUAGUUCAUUCUCUAUUAAUAUGGAAGGUAAAAAGGAAGAAUAAAAAAGUAAAAUAAUUCUUGGCUAAGAAUUCUCUCAUAUAUUGAAUUCUUUAAUUUCUUAUUAUGAGUCUAUUUCUAAAAAAAAUUAUCUAAAACUGAAUUAAUUUAGUAUCAUUGAGAAAUUUCAUUUUAAUAAGAUAAAAAUUUAUAAUUAAUUUAAGUUAUACAUUAAUCAUCUAUGAUAAAGGUUAAUAUAAAAAUUGAAGUAUUUCUUAGGAAACCUUUACAAUCUACUUUUACUAAAAUAGCUAUUUUAGUGAAAUCAUCUACAUCACCUGCACACUAUUGAUCGUGUUAAAAUAAACGUAUACUAAACGUAGAUUCCACUAAACUACGCAGAACCGCAAUAAUAUCAUGUUCCUCGUUUGAUUGCCAUUUGUUUUUCCUAUAAUUAUGUGCCAUUGAGUAGAUCAUAUAUUCGCAAAAGAUAAAUAGUCUUUCGAUAGUUAAAGCUAAGAGCACGGUACGCUCGUCGAUUCUGUUUUGCACGACAUCGAUCAAUUGUUUGAAAGAUCGAAUUUUAAAUGGAAGUUUAAUAACGUAACGAGAGGCAAACUACGCUCUAUCCUAGUUUUAUAUACGUCAUUCUGUAGAAUUUACGUCGUCGAAUAGAUAAAAUCCACGAAGCAAAUGGCGAAAAAUUGAUACCAUAAGAGAAAAGGGGGAACAGGAAAAGGAAUAAAGUAAAAUCGUAUGAUUCGUUCUUUUUUUUUCUUCUUGCCAGUCAAUUUCCAUUCGUGGACGAUAGAUUCUACCCGACGACGAUUUCUGAAACACGGUACCUUAAAAGAGAUCGAUUCCUAGUUAAUGGUUGUUAGUUCCGAAUUGAUACUGGUGAAAUUACGUUCCUGUCGGCCCGCUAUAUAUCGGUUCGUAUAUACGGGCCAAUUGUUUUCUAUGUUUCUUUGUAAACAGACCAGAAUCACUGAAAAUAAUAGCCGAAGAUUAGAUGAAAAGAACUAAUGGAUUAAAGAUAAAAACGGAAGUCUCGCGUCGAGUACCUAUUUGUAUUUAAAGAAAAAAAUAGAAUUAUCGCUUGUCCUACCUACUGUCGUAAUAAUCAUUAUCGUUGUUGUCCUUUUAAUCUUAAUGUGCAAGAGAAAAAAAGAACAUACGUAUACAUAUGAUUACUAUAUAUUUGUGUCAAAUUAUAACAUUAUAUCGAAUACGAUGUGUAUUACAAGGAAAAUGUUCGAGAAUCACGAGUUAGCGGAAGUGAAACUCGAAUACAAUGUACAUUAAUACGAGAAAUCAUAUGAUAUUUAUCACGAUUAGAAGCUAAUCUGUAUAAUAUAAUCUUUAUUAGCGAUCAUGUAUAUCAUUAUCGAUUUAUCUAUUAAACGCGUAGUAAUAUCUGUACGAUAUGACAAACGAAAAAAUUUAAUAUUUAUUACUCGAUUGAGCAAGUUGGAGGGAAACGUAUUCGAGUCUGCGUCUGUCACUUCCGAUCGCUCGAAUAUUUGAUUAAAAAUUAUGUACCUAUGGUGUAUACUUCUCUGUAUCUAUGUAACUAGAAUUAUACGUAUAUAGUUAUAAUUUUGUACAGACAACGCAGACGCUAAUCACGUAUGCACGAGCCGGUUGAUCGUUCGCGCGCAAAUUCAAAUACGGUUAUUCGCGAUGUUCGUUAUUGCGGAUUGUUUAUUCUCUAUGGUGACCAAACGAACGUGAAUAUCAUCUCUAUACUUUCACCAUGUGAAAAUGCUUCGAAUAUACACGUGCGCGCGAACGUCGCCAUACACACGGUACAAAUUCAAAUUUUAUGCCUAUAAACUACUACUAUAAACGUUGGUUAACACUGUUCCGCGGUAUUUACGGAUAGACGAUAUUCUCGCUACUGUAAUUAAACGAAGGCUACUUGAGAUUGAGCGCCCGAUGCACGUAUACCGUUCGAAAUGUCGAUCGCUGUGCACGUUUCUUAUGGACAUUCUUUGAUCUUUGAUACGUCGAAAAACGGCAAACUCUUCGGAUCUGAUAUUGUUAAAUUACAGAUAAAUGUAAUAGUUGAGAUUUUGUUUCUGAUCUAUUUUCUAUUUCUACUAUAUCGCAUGUGAUGAAUAUGAAUGAGGAUCAUUAGGUAAAUUGGUUUGGUGUCUUUAGAUAUAUCAGUUUCUAGUAGAUAACUAUUCUUUUGUUUUAUGACAAUUAUAGAAAACAAAUUUUAGAAGAUUUUAAUAAUGUAGUUCUAACACACGGCAUCUAAAUGUAUAUUGGAGUUUUUGUUCGACGAGUCAGUGGAUUAAUUUACGUAUGUAAUAUAUACUUAAAGAACAAGUAACUCGACCCAAACUAUUGUAAAGUUUACCUAGCGAUACCAGCUUUAAAGUUAACAUUGUCCGCAGGCGUGUAUCCAAGGCAUACAAAGUUUCUCAAUGACAACAAACAGUCUGCAGCUACCGUUCAUAAACAUCCUAUCCAAAUUACUAUAUCCUGUGCUGUAUAUUGUAACGUCUUUCAACUACAGUUAUAUUUACAUUUCCUAUUUUAUAUCAUAUUCGUUGCGUCAUUACACGAUGUAAUGUUAUUAUCGACGUACAAUAAUUCGUAGAAGUUUUACAGUGAUGACACUGUGCAAUUCGAUUGUUUCUUAUUUUUAGUAUUAAAAUCGAUAGCAUGUAUGUAUUACAUCAUUACACGCGUGUGCGUGUGUGUGUGCGUGUGCGUGUGUGUAAGCGCGUGUGUGCGUGGAAAUUGAAAGAUGUCGAACCACAUAAUCUCGUUGCAAAAUUACGAUAUUUUGUCAUUCGUGUGUAUGAAACUUUGCAGAGAUUUACUAACUCGAUUUAUCAACCGUUUGUUAUAAAGAUUUUCUGUAAUUUUCUGUAAAUUUUGCACUCGUAAACACAUGCCUGCAAACAAUGUUUGUAAAUCUGUACACGUCAUUGAAUAGAAGCGAGAAGAAGAUAGAAUUUGUUCGUUAAGAGACACGUCGUGUACGAUCGAUCGAAGAUUUCUUUUCUAAAAAAAAAAAAUAAAAAAAUAGAAAAAAAUAGAAAAAAGCAAAAACACGUGGCGUAUCGGCGAAUCAAGUGGCACUCGAUGUAUACUAUGAAACUGACACUACCUCACCAGACACCUAAUAUAUCUGAACCACAAGACUGAUUUUUAAUAGUAUUCCUAAAUAGAUAAGGAAAGAGGAAAAAAAAGAAACUAAAGUGGAAAGAAGUAAAAUAAAGAAAGAGGAAAGAAGAAACGGGGUAUUAUAAAGAAAGAUAUUACGCGUACAAAUACGAAUAGACCGUUUUUUAAGUAAUAUAAUUAAUCAUAGUACUCUACCCGUAGUUAUUAUUAUUAAACAUUAUUAAUUAUUAUUAAUUAUUGUCAUCGUCAUGAUCAUACUGCGCUACUUUGCUGUCGAUCGUCGAAUUCCUACCUUGGAAAUAGGAAAACGAAAAAUGAAACAGAGAAACAGAUUCUUUGUAUUAUAAUGGCGUUUACUUGUAAUUUUAUCGAUUCUAUCAAACCACACGAACCCCCCUCUUUAACUCUCACCAAAAGUCUAAGCCGGAUUUCUCGCGAAUCAUACCGCAAACCACCGCCACUCAUUGUAAUGAAUGUUCCCAUCGAGUUGACGUCUGUCAAAAUAUUUUUAUUAUUAAAAACUCACUGUUUAAUCGUU